AUAUUCAAAAAAACUCAGAAAUUUUCAAAGAAAUUCUGGAUUUUUUGAAGUUUUUGAAGGAAUUUUGAUUAUUUUACGAAGAAUAAAGAUUAUUUGGUAUUCCAUCAACACUUUAAAAGGUUCACGAGUAUUAUACCAAGUCUUAUGAAGCUAUUCUCGUCAGUAACCAGCGAACGAAAGUCACCUCCGGUGCUCAUGACUGAUGAUACCUGUUGAAAAUCUUCAAAAAUGACCGAAAUUACCACAAUCUGUCGUUCGGAUGAAUUAUUCAUACACCGGAAUCAAUUCUGGCAAUCUGCUUGGAUCUGGAACCAGAGACCUCAUAUCGUAAAUCGACGUUUAUUCGCUGUCAAAACGUUAUGCAGCUUCGUUACCUGCGAUAAUAUUAAUACUCCGGAUACCAUUAGUAAAUUAAAAGGAAUAAGAUACGAUGACGUUAUAAAAGACGACUUCGGUAGCAGUUUCGUUCAACGAAUGAGUCCCCUGAGAUUGGAAGAACUCUCCGAUGAGAAGGAAAUCUUGAAAAUAUCCAGUAAAUCGUUCUUCGUCGUACGAAAAUUACUGAACAAGAAUCGGAAUUACAGCGAAGCUAUUGAAAUAGUUGUCAUUAAUUAUUCGUCCGAUGAAAUACUACACUUGGAGAUUGUGUCAGAGAACGAUGGUCGAUCUCAUUCGCCCACUGUUUCGUUUAUUUUGCAAUUCGUCGAUGAUCGAAUUGAAAUGAGGCUCGUUCCAAGUACGAAUAUGGAAAGCAAAAAUUACGAAUGGCUUCAGUUCCAUUUACUUCCUAAACUGAUAAAAUGGGCUAAAGAAGCUGAGCCUUUGGAUGAAGUUAAUAGUAAAGGGUGUUCGUCUUUGAGCUGUAUCGAUACCGACGAGUAUAAUGAACUUUAUAUUUACCUGAAGGAUAAAUAUGGCAAAAGUAUAGUCGAGAAUUGGCCCGAGAAUACAGAUCCUUCUAAGUUUGUUUACGAAGAUAUUGCCAUCGCUACUUACCUGUGCUUGUUAUGGAAUAAAGAUAGAGUUACCUUUGUCGAUUUAGGCUGUGGAAAUGGAUUAUUAGUUUAUAUUUUGAAUGGCGAAGGACACAAUGGUUUCGGUAUCGAUAUCCGGUCACGUAAAAUAUGGUCCAUGUAUCAACCUCCGACUGAUUUAAAGGUUGGUACGGUCACACCUACAGAAAAUUCGUAUUUCCCUCAAGUUGACUGGAUCAUCGGAAACCAUUCGGACGAACUUACCCCUUGGAUACCUUUAUUCGCUCUUCGAAACUCGUACCAAUGCAAAUUCUUCCUACUACCUUGCUGCGCUUACGAAUUCUCCGGUCAAAAGUACCAAAGAAAGAAUUCAUCAGUCAGCGUCUACAACGAUUACGUCGAGUACGUUAAGCUACUCAGCAUCGAUUUAGGCUUCGAUAUAAAAACCGAUAAAUUAAGAAUACCUUCUACCAAAAGAAUAUGCAUCAUUGGGUAUCGAAGAAAGUACCCUGUCGACGAUUACGAUCGAAUAAAACAAGAUAAAAUCGAACCAAUCAUGAGCCAAUACAGUUCAUCAAUCGAAACCGUAUUCAAGCCACGAGAAAGUGUUCAAAAAGUACGAAACUGUACUCAAAUUGAUCGUUCGGUUACUUCUAAAAUUAUUGGAAUUGUUUCCAAGAUAUUGAUUGAUAAUCAAAUGAAAUUUCGCGAAGGAGAUUCAGACUGUGAUAUUUGGUUAACGAAUUAUUCGGUUAGUUUUAAAGAUGCGAUUUCGAGAAUCGAAGGAGAUGAUUUGAAGAAGUUGAAAAGUGAAUGUGGCGGAUUACAAACGCUGUUGAGAAAUCAUCAUUCGAUAUUUUUGGUUAAAGGUGGUAGAAUUAUGUUUAGGAAACCGACUGAGGCGUCGAACGAACGGUGUGAUAAGUGGAAAAAAAGACCUUGUUGGUUUUUUCAUAAUCAUCCGUAUAGUUGUCCUGUCGAAGAGGAUAAAUGUUCUUUUAUGCAUUAAAUUUUGUUUUUUAAUGUU